ACACUCUCAGUCGCUGUGCUCUGACGGAUGGGGAUACACUGCCAGGGAGGACUUAGGGGCGAGAAGAGAAGUGUUUCUUUUCUUCUCUGGUAUGUUUUCUUUCUCUUCUGCCUGGCUUCCCUCAUGAGCUGUUAAUUCCUGCCCCGGUCCUGAGGAUGAGGAGGUUCUAUUUGUGAGGAAGGCGCAACAAAGGAAGAGGAAACAAGGAGCAACAGGGUGGUGAAUUGAGCGAGUGGGAGUGAGCGAGAAGACCUUUUUCUUUUUCUCCAGGCUCGAGCAAAGGAGUCCUGACGCCCAGCAGCAGUCAUGUGAGCGUAUCUGUCAACAAGCAGAGGAUGCCCACGCCCAGCUAAAGCAGAGCCACCCCCAUCCCUCCAUCCCUCCAUCCCUCCAUCCCUCCCUACCUCUCGCUCACUCCCUUCUUCCCACAUGAGGACGAGAAGAUGACUAUCACCAGCCGGCAGUCCUUCAAUGUCCUGACGGUCAUCUUCCUCUUGCUGUCCACUGCAGCCCUGUCCGCUCAUUACCGAGUGUGUGAACCCUACUCGGACCGCAGAGGGGGUAACCACUUCGGCUUUCACUGCCCGCGCCUCACGGACAACAAGACCUACAUGUUCUGCUGCCACCACAACAACACCGCCUUCAAAUACUGCUGCAACGAAACAGAGUUCCAGAUGAUCAUGCAGAUCAACCUCACCACCACCUCAGAUGGUUAUGCACACAAUAAUUAUACAGCCCUGGUCGGCGUGUGGAUCUACGGCUUCUUCGUCAUGGUGCUGCUGGCGCUGGACUUUCUCUACUACUCAGCCAUAAACUACGAGCUGUGCCGGGUCUACCUGGAGAAAUGGGGUCUGGGAGGACGCUGGCUGAAGAAGGCUCGCAGUCAGUGGCAGAGGUCCAUGCCGGAGGAGAGCGAAGCCCAGGCUCCCGCCCAGCCCAUGGUCCCUAGCCACUACCAGCCCAGACACAGCCUCAGAGGAGAGAGCCACAGCCCCACACUCCUGCCCUACAACACAUCCACCGCAUGAAUGAUUCUGCAAGUGGACCAACCGAAGAGUAGCAACACCUUGUUUCCUUACGUGGUACAGAGGAGAGGUCCCACCGAUGCCCCCUCUCUGGACCACAGACACAAACGCCAGUGGUGGGCUAGCCAUACUGUAGUCGUUAGAAGAGACUACUGCCCUUUCCUAAUGAGCACAAAACACCCAUGGACCGACAGAAGCAGGCCGACGUGGCAUUUAGAGACCCCGUUGAACAAAGGCUGCCAGCAGAGAGAAAGGACUGUACCGCCGCAGCAGAGGAGCGACACACUCAACGGCUUGCAGGUGUUCAGAGAUCCUCUGAAAAGACGGCCACGGCCCGGAGUAUCCCAAAAGGAUCCGAGCUGAACCGGAUGAACUGUAUACUCACGAGCGAAGGACGCUCAUCUUUCUAGAUAUAAAAAUGUGUAUUGCACUGCUGUGUCAGUUUGUGUUCAGUAGCAGUUAGACACAGUUGUGGGUUAUCUAUUUGGUGAUUUAUUUAUGUGAAUUAGUCAGAGAAAUAUAUUGAGUGGUUAACAUUCGGGAACAUGUAACAGCUUAGGUUGAUGCUGAGCAUCUCACUUAGAGUAGAAUGUUUUUGUUACUUACUGAUUACCAGACACAAAAUGUCUCUGCAGCCAUGUUGGGAAAACAAUAUCUCGUAUGAAAUGUUUUAGAUCUCCUCUCUGCAAAACAAGUGAUUUCUCUACAUUGUAUUGUGUCUGACAAGGACACAACGCCAUACAGAUAAACUUCUGUGGAUCAAAAGGCUUUACAUUCGGCCAUCAAGAGUUUUCUUUCGGUUUGGUGAUGCUGAGGAAAGGGAUCUUGACGUUCAAGUCAUUCGCCCCGAAAUAUUAAUGCCGCGUUCGCACAACUGGCGACGAAGCUACAAAAAAGGGUCAUGGUGUGGCCAGCGGCAUUGUCGGCACGGCGGCGUGUAAGUGUCGCUCAAGCGCUCGAUAGCGUAGUCACGUCGUUAUUGGAAUGAAAUGGAAAAAUGAACCGUGAGCCUGUUGCGUUGUCGCUCGUCGUGUGAACACGUCAUGAUGAGGAUCAGGGACGCCUCACAAGGAGCUUCAUGCCAAGUUAAACGGAACAGUAAUCCUUGGCGUCGAGCCUGCAACCCCAUUUGAGACCAUUACUUAUAAAGUUAGUGCGAGACAGUUGCCUCUGUAACCUCAUAUAAUGACUGGUUUGCCCUUCCUCAUUACCGGAACUCCCUGAAAAAACAGCUCCAUUAGCAAUAUGAUGCAAAUGAAUAUCCAUUCGGUUCCUUUAUAAGGAGCGCUCUAUAUCCCACAUUGGAAAUAGACAAUUGUAAGUGAUUAGCCAUAUUAGAAAAUGUAAAAAAAAACAAAAAACACAUUUAAAAACCCCUUUCACUGUCAGCAAUAAUGUACAGUAGCGUAAUCAGACGGAUGAUAUGGUAUGUAAAAGUUAGAGGCACCAGCCAAAUGAGCAUUGGGUAAUCAUUGAGGUGGAAUCGCAGAGCUCUCAGUAUAGUUUACAUUUAAUACGGUGAAGUUACAAAAAUGGACAUACAGCAUUUCUGGAUAAUGAACUCAUAUUGAAAAAGGUCUCCAACAAUUUCUGUGUCAGUGUUGCAGGAGAAAAGUGAAAACAAUUCACUUUUUAAAGACAAAACUUUUCCAGUCGAGCUGCAACUAAUGAUGACUUUCAUUAUCAGUUAAUCUGACAAUUAUUUUCUCAAUUAGUUAAUGAAUCAUUUGGUCCAUAAAGUGUCAGAAUAUGGUAACAAGUACAUCAUUAAUUUCAGAAUGCCAGGUAUUGAAAUUGCUUUUUUUAUUCAACCAACAGGCCAAAACCCAGGAUAUUUAGUUGUACUAUCAUAUAUGAUCAUAUAUCCCAAUCUUUUUGUGGGAAAUCAUUGUAAACUUGGAAAUAAAUGAUCAAUCAAUUAUUUAAUUGCAAUCAUCUAGGGGUGCAACUAAAGAUGAAUCUAGUUACUGAUUAAUUAGCCAAUCAACCUUCAAUUAAUUAACAAUUUGUUCGGUCUAUGAAGGGUUAUACUAUUACAGUAGAAAAAGAAAAGCAGCAACUCCGCAUAUUUGAGAAGCUGAAACCAAGGAACUAUGAAAAAUGACUAAAAACAAUAAAUGAAUCAACCAAAAAAUUAGUUGCACUAAUAGAUAAAUUGACUAAUCGUUUCAUAUCUACGAUCGCCGCGUGUUCAGAAAAAAUUAGUGACUUCAUGCCCAAAUCUGAAUGAACUACUGAGAUGAAUUCUCUGUAAUCCAUAAAAUACUGCGACAGGAAAAGCAGCCGUUGGUGCCAGACUGUAUAUGAGCGACAGCAUGUGAGGACCAGGUGGGCGGACAGUAGGCAGCCCAGAAAAGAGGUGUCAGUCCCAAUCUUGCAUCUGCAAACUGGUGCUCUGGCAGCUGCUGAGCCUGCUCUGGUGCUGGAGUCUCUGGUCCGUGCAAACGCUGCAACGUCCUCGCUGAAAGCUAACAAGAGAUACCGCUCAGAGUUGGCUCUUGGCCAGCCACAAGACCCCGGGGUCUCGCCUUCAUAUCUGUCCUCUCUGUUUCGUGAAGUUUAAGUGGAUCCUCUGAACAACACUCUGGGCAUGUGGGGCUGGGCUUCUUCCUCAGUUAUCGGCAAUAAUAUUCACGUUUGCUGAGUUGUUAGAGCAAGUUAAUUCCCAUUUCAAUGGCUAAAGUGUAAUUGCGUGUGCAGGAUGUGUCCAAGUGAAAUAAUUGGCCCACGGAUCUGCAGUUGUUCAAGAGUACACUCUCCUGCCCUCUUUCCGUAGAUGCCCACCUAUUCCCAGAGUGUGAACGGGAGCACCAAACAGGGAGGAGGUAUUUAACAGGCGCUGCAGCACAAAGGGGAUUUUAAUUACUCCCUAAUGCUCAAUGAGUGGGAAAAUCUGAUGUGUUUAAGGUAAUGUCAUUUUUCAGCGUUUUUGCUGUGUGUUCUGACUAAUAAUGUAAUAAAGCAAAGGAGGACUAUUCUCAUUAACAAUAAAGUAAAAAAAAACUUGCC